GAGUCCUCUACAGAAGUCUCUCUUCCCUGCGUAGAUUCAGAGUGCAGAAGAGUGAGUGAAAGAGAAUGUCAAAGUCUCAAUUUCGAACCCUAAUUUUUGUUGCUUUUCCUCUCUUCCUAUUCUUCUUCAACCUUCCUCUUUCUUACGCACUCUAUGGAUCAUCUUCACCUGUGCUUCAGCUCAAUCCCUCUAACUUCAAGUCCAAGGUUUUGAAUUCGAAUGGAGUUGUUCUUGUUGAAUUCUUUGCACCAUGGUGUGGACACUGUCAGGCUCUAACUCCUAUAUGGGAGAAAGCAGCUACUGUAUUGAAGGGUGUGGUCACUGUGGCAGCACUUGAUGCUGAUGCACACCAGUCUUUGGCUCAGGAAUAUGGAAUUAGAGGAUUUCCUACCAUAAAAGUGUUUGCACCUGGAAAGGCACCAAUUGAUUACCAAGGCGCCAGAGAUGUCAAAUCAAUAGCUGAAUUUGCACUUCAACAGGUAAAGGCUCUUUUGAAGGACCGAUUAAAUGGAAAGGCAACAGGUGGAUCAAAUGAAAAGACUGAAACCAGUGCUUCAGUAGAAUUGAACUCUCGCAACUUUGAUGAAUUGGUUCUCAAAAGCAAAGAACUUUGGAUUGUGGAAUUUUUUGCGCCUUGGUGUGGGCAUUGUAAAAAAUUAGCUCCUGAAUGGAAGAAAGCAGCCAAUAAUUUGAACGGGAAGGUUAAACUGGGCCACGUUGACUGUGAUGCUGAAAAGUCUCUAAUGAGCAGGUUCAAAGUUCAAGGAUUCCCAACAAUCUUGGUAUUUGGUGCUGAUAAAGAUAGUCCUAUUCCUUAUGAGGGCGCUAGAACUGCCUCAUCUAUUGAAUCAUUUGCAUUAGAGCAGCUGGAAACAAAUGUAGCUCCUCCAGAAGUGACAGAGCUACAUAGUCCAGAUAUUAUGGAAGAGAAAUGUGGUUCUGCCGCAAUCUGCUUUGUUGCCUUCCUUCCUGACAUUUUGGAUUCGAAGGCUGAGGGUAGAAACAGAUAUCUUCAGCAAUUAUUAUCAGUUGUGGAGAAGUUUAAAAGGAGCCCAUACAGCUAUGUCUGGGUAGCUGCAGGAAAACAGCCAGAUCUUGAGAAACAUGUAGGUGUUGGUGGGUAUGGUUAUCCAGCUUUAGUGGCACUGAACCUGAAGAAAGCUGUCUAUGCUCCUCUCAAGAGCGCUUUUGAACUCGACCAUAUUAUAGAAUUUGUGAAAGAAGCUGGACGUGGAGGCAAAGGGAAUUUGCCCCUGCAAGGCGCUCCGGCCAUCGUGAAGACAGAACCAUGGGAUGGGAAAGAUGGAGAAAUAAUUGAGGAGGAUGAAUUUUCUCUUGAAGAACUAAUGGGGGAUGAUGCUUCAAGCAAGGAUCAGAUAUGAUAAAAUCAAGAAGGAAGUUAUACAAAAUUAAAGGUUCAAGUCCCUGCCAAUUUUUAAGUUACAGAAGGCAAUGUUAAUCUACGGUGUCAAAGGAAAACAUGUUUCUCAUGAUGUUGUGCUCAAUGUUGUGUUUUUCCAUGUUAAAGAACAUUCUAGUGAUGAGUGAUCUUUUGAGGAGCAUCGUGGUACAUAUCUCAGGAAAAUGUUAGCAUGUUCCAACGUUUCUUUUCCCUAUUAAUGAAAACAUUCAGAUGACAGUCGUUCUACACUAAGAACUACGGGACAUUGAUCCUUCUUCCCGAACUUAUUUACUGGGUGAUCCAUUCAGAU